UCCUCCUCUUCCUCCCAGCCUGGGCCAUGAGCUCCUCGCCUCCCUCUCCCUCUCCCUCUCCUCCUUCCUCUCCCUGGGCGCUGGGCAGCCCGACGGAGGCGCUGGGGCUGCUGCUGGCCAACAGCAGCGAGGCCUUGGGCCGGGCGCUGGCCUCCUCGCUGGCGCCGCCGGGCCCCUCGGUCUCGGGCCCCUCGGUCUCGGGCUCCUCGGUGGUGAGCGACGAGGGCUUCGUGGUGGCGGCGCCGGACGAGCGGAGCGUGUACAUCAUGCGGGUGGUGCAGAUCGCCGUCAUGUGCGUCCUCUCGCUCACCGUCGUCUUCGGCAUCUUCUUCCUGGGCUGCAACCUCCUCAUCAAGUCCGAGGGCAUGAUCAACUUCUUGGUCAAGGACCGCAGGCCCUCCAAGGAGGUCGAGGCCGUCGUCGUCGGGCCCUACUGACCAAGGAAGCCCGCCUGGGCCACGCCGCCGGGACUGGCAGCAGGGGGCCCUCGGUGGUCGUCUCGUCUUGGAGCCCCUUCCAGGGCAGGACGGCGGGGCAUGGAAGCAGCCAGGGACAGCUUCUUCUCCUGCUUCAGCCCUAGCCUUCCUCCCCAAGAGCACCGUCCAGGAAAGGGAAGGAGACAGAGACAUCUUCUUCGUCAUCAUCACCUCCAUCCUUCCCAAGAGCAGCAACUUGGACAGGGAAGGAGACAGAGACAACAACUUCUUCUUCAUCAUCAUCUUCACCCUCAUCCUUCCUUCACAAGAGCACACCAUCCAAGUUAGUCACCAACGGCACGAAAUAGGAAGCCAGGUGGUUUGACUCCUUAAAUGGGGGUGUGUUGGGGGGUAAGUUUCUCUGGAGAUCUGGAGGAACAUUUCCAGCCUCGUCCUUUUUUCUCCAAGGGACAGCGAUGGAUCCUGCAAUGUGGAGACAAGGACUGGCUGGAGUGAAAGUCUGAAGAGGGGUAAAAGGAGAGAGAACAAGUCUAUGUAAAAGAGUAAUGAAAGCCAGGAAGCCUUUUAAUCUGAUUUUUGUGUGUGUCUGUGUGUCUUGUAAAUAGCAAUGUAAAUGCACACAGACUAAACAUUCCCAACUUUGCUGCUUUGUUUUUCAAGGAGGGGAGAGGGACUGUAGAGUGAAAAAAGGAAGGAGGGGAGCAAAUGGAGUAUGAAGUUGAUUGUAGAAAAAACCCAUUCAGCUCCCUCCUGCCACACAUUUUCCUUCAGAAGGCGAAGGGCAGGGCAUGCACAUCAUCCAUCUGGUGGGGAUUCAAGUUGUGGUGCUUUUUUCUGGAGUGUGUGUGUGUGUGUUUUGUUGCCUAGAUCCAGUUUUCAACUUGCCUGUGACAGAAAUGCCAGUCUUGUGUUGUGUGAAUGACAUGGUUUUUGAACUGUUGACUUUUUACUGUAGCUCUUUCCUUUUUUAAAAAAUGUAUUCUGUCAGGGUACUGUUUGUAUUUUGUACCAAUCACUUCUCAAUGCUUAUUUGCUGCUGCUGCUGCUGCUAAAAGGAAAAGCCCAUGUGCUUGAUUGCUGCACCCAUAACUUGAUAAAUUUCACUGGUUUACAUAGCCCCAAAAAGUGCUCUGAUGGUCUUUCUUUCUUUCUUUCUUUCUUAUUUAAUUUGCUUAAUAAAA